ACACCAAUUAUGCUGCGAUAUUCGGUGUAAAUUUGUUUUCUGUUCCAGUUCUAUGAUCUGCUUUUGUACAAUUUUCCACCUUUGGAAACAAAUUUUUAAUAUUGUGCUGUUAAUUGUCACUAUAUUAAAAACAAGUCCCUCUCAACCUCAGAAUUCCCAAGUUCACACGCACACUUAUCUAACUCUUUUCAUCCCUCUCUGUAUAAAUUCAUCUAUCCUGGGUGCCUCCCUCGCAUCCCAAUUCAUCUCUGUGUUUGCUCUCCCGCAUAUAACACUUCAUCCUCUCUCUAUUUAUUCACUUGUCCUGUAAACUAAUUGAAGAUGGCCAGGCUUGUCACCCAGCUUUUGGUAAUGGUCCUCCUACUCCUACUCUGCACCACCUUCACCUAUGCUGCUCGUCCGGAACCGGCCUUUGCCAAUCAUACACCGGAAAAAACCCAGCUUGAGGAUGAGGUGGUGGUGAAAGAGAGCUGUGAAGGAGUUGGAGAGGAAGACUGCUUGAUGAGGAGGAAUCUGGCUAUUCAUCUUGAUUAUGUGUAUACCCAGAAGCACAAGCAACCAUGAAUAAUAUAAGUUCAUCUAUGAAUUUAUACAUGUGUAAUGCUCUAUCUCUGUUAAUUACGACAACAUAACAGCAUGCUACACGGUUUUUGCGUUUUGCUGUUAAUUAUCUUUUUGCGUUUUGCUUGUUUCUUGCUAAUAUAUAUACCAGGUGAUU